CUACCCCUGACAUCCAUCAUGGCGGCAGCACCAUGUUUCCCGGCGACACUGACGCCCUUGCCAGCUCCAACAACAGAUCGAACCGACAUUUCCCCCCUGAGAGCCAUGCUUCGACGGCAAUAUGACAAUAAGACCAUGACCGCCACUUCCGGGGCGGCGACCACCGCCAUGACAAUAGCAAUUACCACAGACGAUAACCAUUCUUGCACUAGCUUCAAUGGCUUCUCUACCUGCAGCUCAGCAGGUGAUUACGGGGCUUGUUUUGCCAGCUCCUCCACAGAUCACUGUAACUGCAAUAACGGUAUACAGUAUCUUGAGUGCGUCUCCGUUGCCCUUGCUACGUCCAGCUGUUGGGGAGCGGUAGGCGGUGAGCCUAACUGGGAGGCCUAUGAACAGUCCUGGUUCCAGACUGCGUGCCCAACACCUCUCAGCAGUGUGAUGGCACAGCUACCUCAGCCUUCAACAGUUCAACUCGAACUAAGCCCCGCCUCAACCAUAAUUCCCCUUGGACCCAUUACUGCUCCCCCACUCCCUGUAGCCCCAAGCAUCAUCCCAGGCGAAGGGGCACCCUUGCUCAAAGGCGACUGCACCGCGACUUCGUUCUCCAUGAUACAAGGUGAUGACAAGGUGUUUUAUGUUCCUUUUCGGCUGCGACAACUCGAGACCGGAGUGUUGUCCAUUCAGUUCGCCGUUGCUGAUGGCAGCAAACAACAAGCGAACCGUAUGGCGGCCGUUCCCGGGCAGUUUCCACAACCUCAGUCAGGAGACACUGCGAAAUUGGUGAAAUGUCCUAUGGACUAUUACAGCGUUCCUGGAGGAUUAUGUUGCCCAAACGGUUACUUCAAGUUCACAUCUACCUUGGCCAGUGCAACCCCUUUUUUCAGCUCCUUAAUUGAAAAGGCCUCCCCGCCUGUGAUAACGGCAGGUGACGUGAAGAAUCCCGCCAACUCUGAUUUGCCGACAACGGCAAUCUUAAAUGCGGUCUGGGCGAUGGGGUAUAGCCUUGGGGUGUCACAGGCAGGAGUCUCCAAUGGCUUGUCGCCAGGCGCCGAAGCAAGGAUUGGGGUUGGAGUUGGGAUGUUAGUCCUACUUGGAGCCUUGGUUGCGUUUGCACUGGUGAGUCAUAAAAAGAAGAAAAGGGAGGCUCAAAGUUUUAUUGGUUCAACUGUGGCACCAGGUGGAGGAGGGAUGGCAUACCAGUCUGGGUAUCAUGCUCCACCGGGCAGUCCGCCACCUGCCUCAACUGCUUCACCAGCAGGAAGUCCAGCCGCCAAGUACGCAGAGAUAGUAUCAUCACAAUACGCCCCCAGUGCUGAGCAGGAGGAUGGCAAGAGCAACGACCUCUUUAUCCGUCUCAGCCUGCGUAUGGGCAUGGGUGGCAACAACUUCCAGUUUAUGAUGGGCACACACAUCAAUGGGAAUGGCAACGUGAACAACACCAGCAACAAGGGCAGACUUAUGAACCAUAUCGUCGAUACCAACUAGAAUGACACUGUUUGUCAGUUCCUUGGCGCUUUGAGCACCAUGGUCUCGUAUAUGAAAGCCCAGACGGACG